GCCGAACCCGAAGUAGUGCGAGGCGGCAGGCUGCACCGUUCGCUUGUUGCGUUGCAUUUCCUUCCUGCCUUCUCUCCACGCUCCCGGGGGCGGCCAGAGAGGCGGCAGCGGCGCGAGAACGUUCUGGCGGCCUGCUCGCUUCCUCCCGCGCGCCCGCCUCGCGCCGCCGGCCCGUCGGCGGCCCGCGCCCCGCCAGCGCUCAGCUCCCGCGCUCGCCGGGCCCAGGCCCAGCGGCCGUAGCUAGCGCCCAGCCCGAGAGCCUCCAGCGCCGGCGGCGCGGCCAGCAGAAGCGGAGCCUGGCCGUGGCCUGAGAGGAGAAGGAAGCGAGCGAGUCCGAGGGGUGGCCGGGGCAGGUGCUGGCGCCGCGAAGAUGGUCGCCAAACAGCGGAUCCGUAUGGCCAACGAGAAGCACAGCAAGAACAUCACCCAGCGCGGCAACGUCGCCAAGACCUCGAGAAAUGCCCCCGAAGAGAAGGCGUCCGUAGGACCCUGGUUGUUGGCGCUCUUCAUUUUUGUUGUGUGUGGCUCUGCAAUUUUCCAGAUUAUUCAAAGUAUCAGGAUGGGCAUGUGAAGUGACUGACCUAAAGAUGUUUCCAUUCUCCUGUGAAUUUUAACUUGAACUCAUUCCUGAUGUUUGAUACCCUGGUUAAAAACAAUUCAGUAAAGCCUCCUGCCUCCGAAUGACUUUCAUAUCAUCCUUCCUGUGUCAUUCCAAGGUUUCUUCAUGAGUCAUUCCAAGUUUUCUAGUCCAUACCACAGUGCCUUGCAAAAGCACCACAUGAGAAAAGCAAUAAAAUUUGAUUGUUAAGCUAUAGUAGUGGACCCUACUUAUUCAGUCAGUAAAGAGUGAUUUUUUUUAAUGUGGUUACUAAAACAAUAUGCAGUAUGGAGAAUUAGAUUAAAUCUGUGUACACAGGGUCUAGAUUUCAUUGACCCUAUGUGUAAUGCAAUUAGCUUACUUUAAAAUUUGGAUUCUUCCGGUUUUUACAUAGCUAGGCACUUUAUUACUCUCUCUCAAAUUAAAAGCACACUCCCUUAGAGAAUCCUGUAACUCUUACAAUAAGGUGCUUAGCAAUGGAGCAACUCCACAGCCUAGUUCUGCCACAGCUGUUAGCACCUAAGAGUUUUUUAACAGCUUCUAAAUGCGUAGUAUAAAGGGAGACGCUUAUGGUCACAACAUCUAUUUUAACGAUAUUGUUUCUCUUACGCUACCUUGGAUUUUUGCAUGAGUGAGUAUGGUCACCUAAAUUCCCAUAGAAACAGCACCCGCCUGGUUGAGCGUUUUAGAACUUGGUCACUGCAGUUUCACUGAAGGCUACUGUGGUGAAGUACCAUCCAGAAAGGUUUGUUGUGUCACAUUGAUUUCAGAAUUAUUUUAUUAUCAAAGGGAUUCACCAUGGUAGAUAAAACUUUAGGGGGAAAAUACUACUAAAAAUGGGUGCCUGAUCCAAACAUGUUAUGUCCAAUGUGCUGAAGCCAUCUUGCUAAUAAUAUUUUUAAUACCAAAAAAGGCACAUCAACUGAAAAGUUCACUUCCUUUGUAAUGACUUUUCUAGCUCUAUGAUUGAAAUGCCGUUAGGGUGCUUAGGUACAUCAGACUGAGGUGGCGGCUGGAGUUAAAUGGAUUUACUGAUAAGUAUCAGUCUUUAGUCUUCCCUUUGUUGUGUGAUUCUUGUAGGUUGUGAGUGAGCAAAUGUUCUUUUUACUAACGGUCAGGGUGAGUGGUGAGGCAGGUUUUGGGUUUUUUAGUGCUUGUGAAAACUACAGGUAUUGGCUGUUUAUGCACUUAGCCCAUAAGUUGUUGAAAAAGCAUGAGCAGUGUCUGUGUAUUAAUGAGUGGAUGAAAGCUGCUCAGUUUGCUUUGUUAAUUGCCUCAGGAUAUCUCUUUGAAAAUAAGCUGUUUUAAGAGGAACAGAAGGGAGAUCUACCUAGUCUAUACACAGUGUGAACCUCAGAGGGCUUCUGAUACCCUCAAAUAUGGAGGAGAGGACUGGAGAGGUUAAGGACAUACGAGAACUUAACUACUCUGGAAUAGGAAAGGAAUCAGCUGACCUUGGGCCAGCAGGUUUUUAACUGAAUUCUUACCUGCCUUUCUCACCCAAUAAGUCAAUCCCUAUACUUGUUUCUCACUUUGAAACAAGUUGUGGUUAGCUAGUUAUAUUUUAUUGUACCUUUGAAAAUGAAAGUUACUGCUCUAAAUUCAUAGCAGGUGCCUUAUUCUUUCCUUUGAACCGAAUCAUUCCGUAUCAGAAUUUCUCUUGGUUAUAGAUAAUUGCCUUCAGGUGUUUUAUUUUUUCAGUGUACAUCAUUUUGAUCAAUUUGUUAAAUUUGCGAUAGCCAGCAAUCAUUUCACAUGUAAAAUUGCAUUCCCUUUGUACUUCCUGUGUGAUUACCAAUUGAGUACAUUUUCUAUUCAGGUUGGAUUAUGCAUGUGUGUGUGGAUAAAUGAAAGUUGUGUCUGUUUGUUUUAUCAUUUAAAAAUAAAGUUCCCUGGAUAUUUGA